AUGAAUCGGAAAAGCAACCUGCAAGAGCAUCUGAAGACCCGACAUCAAGGAAACGGCCGGGUCAUCGAUAAUCGCACUGCCGAGUACUUCGAUGCGCUCGAGGCAAAGAUGAAAGCCAACUUUCCGGCUCAAUCAAAUGCCAUCGCUAAAUACAUUGGAGGACAAAAAAGAGGCAUUCGGAUUUCAAGAUGCAUCCGAUCAUGGCAUGAGAAUUUUAAUUCCUCCUUGACUGCCAAUUUCCAGAAGAUGACAAUCCGCAGGACGGUCGAAAAAUCUCCGUCUGCAAGGAAUGCAGAAGUUCGAUUGUCUCAACUCAGACUCGGUAUCUGGCUGAGCACUCCUCGACACACAUCGCCUACCGACCCUGGCAGUGUUCUGUUUCUCAAAAGCAACCUGCAGCAGCAUUUAAAAGUGCAACAUCAAGGAAAUGGCCGGAUCAUUGAUAAUCGCGCUGCUGAAUACUACGAUGCCCUCAAAGCAAUGACGCAGGCCAACUUUCCUAGCCGCGCAAAGGCUAUCGCCAAGCUAAUUGGAGGCCAAAGCACGGAGUGGGAAUUCAAGCUGGAUCCGAUGACGAAGAUGACACUCCAGAAGACAACCCACCAAUUGUUCAUCUCCCAGCUCCUGGCGACAAAAGUCUCGACAUUCGGCGAAACGUGCAGACGAGUCCGGAAGCUGUAUCCACUAGUACUGCCCGUGCCCCAAAUCGACACUGACCACAGCAUCGACAAGCGCUUCGAGGAGACCAUUAUGAAAAUGAAGCUGGGAGGUGCGAAGAUCGGUGCGGAUAUGGCGAGAAUGCGCGCUGCCAUGAGGGAGACGAAAGCUGACGUCACUCGCAUGCAGACAAACAUGGCACUCCUGGAGACCCUCUCGGAAAAGCGGAAUGCCGAAAAUCGCCGUCUGAAGCAGCAGAACCACCAGCAAGCCGCCCAGCUGAAAAUGCUGCUGGAAGAAGUGACGGCGAUGAAGGAGCUCUGCGCCUGUACUAUGGCUCGGAAACGCGAUCUGCAACAGCAUCUGAAUGAGCAACAUCAAGGAAAUGGUCGGGUCAUCGAUAAUCGCACUGCCGAAUACUACGAUGAGCUCGAGGCGAAGACGAAAGCCAGCUUCCCGGCUCACUCAAGGGCUGUCGCUAAAUACAUUGGAGGACAAAAAGAGGCAUUGGGAUGUCAAGAUGCGUCAGAUCAUGAAGAUGGCAAUCCGCAAGACGGUCGAAAAAUCGCCGUCUGCAGGGAAUGCAAAAAUUCGAUUCUCUCAACUAGUGCUCCGCUUCUGGCUCAGCACUCGGUGGUGCACCUCGCCUUCCGACCCUGGAAGUUUUCUGUUUGCGCCUAUACUGCGACUCGAAAAGGCAACGUGCAACAGCAUCUGAACGCGCACCAUCAAGGAAAUGGACGAGUCAUCGAUAAUCGCACUGCUGAGUACUACGAUGCCCUCAAAGCAAAGACGCAGGCCAACUUUCCUGAUCGCGCAAGGGCUAUCGCGAAGUUCAUUGGACGUCAAAAGAACGUAAUAGGAAUUCAGGAUGGAUCCGAUGACGAAGAUGACACUUCAGAAGACAACCCACCAAUUAUUCAUCUGCCAGCUCCUGAAAACAAAAGUCUCGAUAUUCCGCAAAACGUGCAGACAAGUUCACAAGCUGCGCCGUCAAAUCCUGGUCCGGUCAUGCAAGAAGUGGUGCCAGACGCUGUUCCACCACGAUCCAAAGAGAAAUCGACUCAUCGAACGAUGGCCGAUACUCAACGCGAAGUUAAGCAAGAGCCACUGGAUGUCGAAAAUUCGUCAUUUGAUUUUCAUGUCGUAAUCGAGGGAAGUGAGGCGGAUGUUCAUGCUCAUGCUCCAACCCGCCACCACAACGAGCAAGACGUCCGGAAUGGUGACAAAGACCAAUCAUCCUCGCCUACCCUUCAUCCAAUCGUUGUCAAACAAGAACUUCUAGAUGGAAAUCCAACCGAAGAGCCGAGACGAAUGGAUAAGAAGAAGAAGAAGGUGAAAAGAGGCGAGGAGGACUGGGCAGCCGAGCCCGUGCCCCAAAUCGACACUGACCACAGCAUCGACAAGCGCGUCGAAGAAACCAUUAUGACAACGAAGCUGGGAGGAGCCAAGAUCUCCUCGGACAUGGCGAGAAUGCGGGCUGCGAUGAGGGAGACGAAAGCUGACGUCGUUCGCAUGCAAAUCCACAUGGCACUCCUGCAGUGCAGCAAUGCUAUCUUCUGCGGUGCGCCUUCCGAGCUCGCACGGCACUCGCUGACGCACCUCUCCUUGCGACCCUGGAAAUGUUCUGUUUGCGACUUUACUAUGGCUCGGAAAGGCGAUCUGCAACAGCAUCUGAACGAGCGACAUCAGGGAAACGGCCAGGUCAUCGAUAAUCGCACUGCUGAGUACUACGAUGCGCUCGAGGCGAAGACCAAAGCCAACUUUCCGGCUCAUUCAACUGCCAUCGCUAAAUACAUUGGAGGACAAAAGGAGGCAUUGGGAUUUCAAGAUGCUUCCGAUAAUGAAGACGACAAUCCGCAAGGCGGUCGAAAAAUCUCCGUCUGCAAGGAAUGCAAAAAGUCGAUUGACCCAACUAAGGCUUGGGAUCUGGCUCAGCACUCGUCGACACACCUCUGCUUCCGACCCUGGAAGUGUUCUGUUUGCGGUUAUACUGCGACUCGAAAAGGCAACGUGCAAAUUCAUCUGAAUGAGCAACAUCAAGGAAAUGGCCGGAUCCUCGAUAAUCGCACUACCGAAUACUACGAUGCCCUCAAAGCGAAGACCCAAGCCAACUUUCCUAGCCGCGCAAAGGCUAUCGCCAAGCUAAUUGGAGGGCAAAAGCACGGAUUGGUAAUUCAGGAUGGAUCGGAUGACGAGGAUGACACUCCAGUAGACAACACACAAAUUGUUCAUCUCCUAACUACUGGCGACAAAAAUCCCGACAUUCGGCGAUACGUGCAGAAAGGUCCAGAAGCUGCGUCGUCAAAUGCUGGUACGGUGAAGCAAGAAGUGGUGCCAGACGCUGUUCCACCACGAUCCAAAGAGAAAUCGACUCGUCGAACGAGGGCCGAUACUCAACGCGAAGUUAAGCAGGAGCCACUAGAUGUCGAAAAUUCGUCAUUUGAUUUUCAUGUCGUAAUCGAGGGAAGUGAGGCGGAUGCUCAUGCUCCAACCCGCCACCAAAACGAGCAACAUGUCCGGAAUGGUGACAAAGACCAAUCAUCCUCGCCUACCCUUCAUACAAUCGUUGUCAAGGAAGAACUUCUAGAUGAAAAUCCAACCGAAGAGCCGAGACGAAUCGAUAAGAAGAAGAAGAAGAAGGCGAAAAGAGGCGGGGAGGACUGGGCAGCCGAGAUGAAAAUGAAGCUGGGAGGUGCGAAGAUCUCAUCGGAUAUGGCCAGAACGCGCGCAGCCAUGAGGGAGACGAAAUCUGACGUGGCUCGCAUGCAGACAAACAUGGCACUCCUGGAGACCCUCUCGGAAACGCGGAAUGCCGAAAAUCGCCGUCUGAAGCAGCAGAACGACCAGCAAGCCGCCCAGCUGAAGAUGCUCAGGGAAGAAAUGACGGCGCUGAAGGAGCGGAUCCGGAAUGGCGGA